AUGGAGAGUCAUCGAACAGCUGGGACUACUAGAUCAGAUCGUGCCGGCAAUACGGGUCCUCAACGGAUUCAACAUGGCAUGCGAGACGACGAAGGGUAUUCCACCGGAUGUGACGACACACAAGUUGAGCCUGGAUUCAAGUUUUCCUCCUGUCAAACAAAAGCGGAGGCCACAGCCCGAGGUUUAGAACUGGCUAAAAGCUUGGGAGCCGAGAUCAUUGAGGGCAAAUGCGAUUCUCUCGUGGUGGUCAACCAAACGAACGGAACUUUUGAAAUCAAGGAUGAUCGAAUGCGGAGAUAUCAGGAAAAAUUGCAGGUUAUCCUUCACCGGUUCAAGGAGUGGGCGUUGGAACAUGUACCCCAGGAUCAAAAUAAUGAGGUGGAUGCCCUGGCAAAUCUGAGAUGCUCGGUAGAAUAG